UUCAUAUAUUAUAAAUGGAUUGAUCAGGAUAUUGGAUUACUGGAAAUAUAAAUAAUCACAUUGAAUCAUCACUUUAGAAAUGUGAAAAUGGAAAUGAACUACGCUAUGCUCUAUUCAAUGGCUGCCUCCAUGACUUUAUAAUUUUUAAGAAAUAUUCGAAUAAAAACCUGUUUCCAGCUGUUUAUACCACACACUAUGCCGUAUACAGAAGCAGAUAUAAGAGAUAAACUUACCAAGGACCUUCAGGCCACACAUUGUGAGGUUGUGGACCAAUCUGACGGCUGUGGAGCUAAAUUUACUGCCCUCAUCGUCUCACAAAAAUUUGAAGGACUUCCACUGCUUCAAAGACACAAAUUGGUUAAUGCAGCGCUUAAAGAAGAAAUGAAUUCAAUCCAUGCAAUGUCAAUGAAAACUCUUACGCCCGGACAAUGGCAAGAUCAACAGAAAUAAAAAAAAUUUAAAAUAUAUCAUCCUCCAUCGUGACUUUGAAACAGAGAACAACACAAUAAAUACAGAAUGGAAGAUGAUAGAGACACUAAGGAGGAGGGAGUUUUAAGAUGUGACCCUGAGGCGCAAUGCCACCCGAAGAUAGAGUACAUGAAACAGUUUAAAUAUUGCUCUGCAGAACAACGUCGACUAGCAUUUAUCGUUUAUAUGGAUUUAUGCGAAGCUAAAGAUUUCUGGAAUGUGGGGAUUCACGGCUGUGAGUCGAUUGGUGCAAUUUUAAUUUCUGGACAUCCAAUGAAACAUGAUCCUAAAAUAUUAAUUUUACCCGUCGACCGGAAUGAUGAGUUAAGUAUAGAAAAAUUAAGGGACUAUGUUUGUAAGGUUAAAGUUGACGGAUUAGAUGUAAAUAGCCUAACUUUGGCAAUUUGUGAAACUGAUUCAACGAUUGUUUAUUAUGAAGUCACUGAUGGAUUAGUGGUCCCAGAAUCCCCUAGUGAAAUAGAAGGGAAACGGCAACGUCGUACUUGGAAAAUGCAGAAACGCAGAGAAGCGUUAAAAGAUAAUGUUGUGUAUCAAUCGAAAUAAUGAAUUCAAUAGCUCAAUAAAUUGAUGAAAAUGUAUUUUUUAGAGCUGGUAAUAUCAAAAGCAUUAUUUCAUGUAUCUAAGGUUGAUAUUCCUUUCUAAGUUAUCUUAUUUUGGAGAAAAGUAAAUUGUGUCC